AGCAACAACAAUAAAAGCGCUUGUUGUUGGGAAAAAAUCAAUAUUUUGUUUGGGCUCUGCGAAAAAAAUAUUUUUUCGCGUUUCUCGAAUUCAAUGCGAACUUAACGCGCACGCCGUAGAGCAAGACACACGAGAUUUAGUUGCUAUCACUCUUAAGCAGCUGACUGAACACUAAUUCGUUGUUGUUAGUCACAAUAAGAAUAAAUUGGGCAUUUAAAUGAAUUUAAAUGCUUCAAUUGUAACUCUCAACUAUGAUGGUGCGCGCUAGUGUGACCAGAGGUAACUAACAGUGAUGCUGAUGUCGCAAACCAUCGAACUAUCGAUGGCGCCAAAAAGCUAUUGGUAUGACAUGCGGUGUGCGUCUUUGCUAAGCGCAGUAAUCGAGUCGUUAGACGUUGCUCGAUUGGCAUUUGAAGCACAUGCUCGAUAGGCAGUCCACUGUUUUGUUUAUAUUCGAAGAGCAAACAAAUAUGCCGCGCAGAUAUACAAAGAAAUUAAAGCUAGAGAAGCUCAAUACGAGCAUUUCCAAAGCGCAGGGUAGCGACUUGGAAAGCCUAAGCGGCGAGGGCGAAGAGGAACAAGAAGGGGAAACAACACAAGCUGCCAAGGCGCCACUGCGUCAGGUGCUGGAGAAUACAUCACAUGUAACACAUGCGGCGCUGAAUGCAGGAUUAGGGUUAACUACACAGUUGAAAAACUUUCCAAGCUGCGAGCUGACAGUGCCGCUGCCUCUGUUUGUGGCAAGCCAAAGCACACCCAUGGUGGAGCACUGCAAGCAACGUCCCGCUACACAAGACGAAUGGAUGCGCCAGUUAAAUGUGUACAAACGUAAAUACGAGAAGCGCAAGCACAGGGAACGAGAAGCGCAGCAUGUAUACAAUGGCUACUUCUAUGAUGUGGCAGAGCAAAUAGCAACACAGGAGAAUGCAUACUAUAGAGAUAGCUACGAUUAUUAUUAUACAGCUGGCAAUCUGAAUUUGAUGCAAUAUGCUGCAGCAGCUGAGGAUUGUCAAACGCUGGGGCUGCAUGUAACAGGCGCAAGACUGCAGCAGGUUAAUCUGUCUGUGGUGGGCGCUGAGGCGGAGAUUUGGACGCCAUUGCAUACGGAGCAGCUGCAAGGCAUAUCCAGUGAAAUAUUUGAGCUGCAGCCCAUCAACAGCUACUGCGUGAAUCAUGGCAAUCUGCUGCUGGCGCGCAUGCUACAUGAGCUGGCUAUAUACGAAUUCAAAAAAAACGAGGAGCAGCAGUACGAGCUGAGCUGUCGCAGUCUAUACAAAAGUGAAGGUGGUCCGUUCAUAAGCGUAGCGCAGGCUAUAAACAGCGCCAACACUUUGGCCAUUGCCUGCCAGGAUCAUAGUCUGCGCUUUCUGGACAUUGUUACACAGCAGGAUAUAUUGCGACAGGAGGUGUGCAUUAUGAAAGGACUGCACAAGUACAACAACUGGGCGCAGCUGCUGCCGUGGCAGGAUCAUUGCUUCUACUACGCCUGCCAGUCCGUGCUGCUGACCAUCGACACGCGCUGCGCGCAGGACGCUAUUAAUCCUUGCUUUGCCAGCAGCGUGCAUAGCUCGCGUUGCGAAAGCUUCAGCUGCAUGACGCGCAGUCAAAAUCCGCAUCUGCUGUAUGUGGCAAGCAAUCACAAGCUGCACUGCUUGGACAUGCGCUGCUUGGGCAAGAAGCUAACCGAUCGCGCUGUGGUUAGCUGGACACAUCAAAUGAGCUACUCGCCUACGUUUAUGGACGCCACAGCGCACGAAGGCAGCGAAUUUGUUGCGCUGGGCAGCGCUUUGGCCAAUGAUCAGCGCAUCUGUGAGCUGCAAGGAGUGCUGGCGCACAGUCUGACUGAGAUAAGCUCGCCCGCUUUGCCGUAUGCGCCGCCGCAGCUGGAGGAGGCGCUGGUGGCAGCGCAGCUGCAAGGCAUGGAAGUGGACAUCUAUGCGGAUCUAGCAGAGCGCAUUAAAAGCUGCCACACGGGACUCAAAUUUCAUCGUUUAAACAAGCCCAGCGAUCAGGCAUUUGCUCAGCUGUUAAUAUCCAACAGUUUGGGUGAUAUUUUCUGUCGGCGCUUAACGCUGCGGGAUGCGCAGGCGCAGCAAAUGGAAGUGCGCACUGGUGAGCAUACAAACGAUGCCAUCAGCUACUAUGUGGAAUUGGUGCGCGAGUUUGUGCAACGUCCACUCAAGUGCACCAUGGUGCAGCCAAUGAGCACGCUACGGGAAGUGCUGCAGACACAGCAGGCAGAGCAAGAGGAACAGCUCUUGCCAGUUGUUGAGCAUGUAAACAUAGAGUACAACUUUAGCAGCGACUCUGAAGUGGAAUCAGCAGAGCCAAGCAGCGAGCCAGCCACGCCCAAGCUUGAAAUAGUUUCACCCGAAAAGGCAGUUAAACCCAAAAUUCUAAAGUCAGCUGUAAAUCGCGGUCCCUGGCAAAAGUCUGCAUAUAAUCUUAGCAAUUAUAGCGAUGUCAUUAGCACGCGUCUGCUUAGCAUUUGGGAAAUAGAUGAUUACGAUUUGACGCGUGAUGUGCGCAUAGAUAUGCUGGAUGAGAAGCUAAAGCGGGAGCAGCCCGAAGUGAGCGCCAAGCGUGAGGAUUACACUGCAGAGUGGCUGCAACAAGUGCCAGAAGAUGCAGCCUUGGAGCAAAGCACAAGUGAUUUAGUGCCUGGCACUGAUUUACCCGUCUGCUACGAAGCUAAAGAUGCUGCUUAUCGCGAAGCUAAGAUCGAACCCAAUGAUAGUUACGAAUUUAGUUUGCAACCACACUCGAUAUUAAAACCGGGUGAAUUUACUAUUAUAGAAACUAAUGCGCCGCGACCGGCUAAGAAAGCAAAAACUACAUAUACAAAGGGCUUUUAGGCUUAACUAAUUGUGCAUUUUAAUUGUUAAAAUAAAUUAAUAA